CGUCAUACAAGACUGAAUUUAAAAAACUUAAUUGUAACUUAUUGUUUAAUCUUAAUAAGAUAUUUAUUUCAAAGUAAUUUCAUUACUUUAAUAUGAGCAAUAGUUUAAGAUCUAUAAUAUUUAAAAAGGUUACGCAACCAUUACAAAAUGUAAACAAUGCAUAUAAAAGUAAAAUAAUGUCCGAGUUAAAAGUUAAUUUGAAUAACUCAAACAACAUGUAUUGCUUUACACUUCCUUUAAAAUCAGAACAUUAUAAUAUUUCAGAUGAAGUUCCAAAUAUUAUAAAGAAUGAUUUGGAGGAUACUUUUGAUAAUGUUAGAAUAGAAAAUAACACUAUAUUGUUCAAUAUAUUAAGAGAUAAGUAUGUAAAAACAAUUCUAGAAAGUAAUCAUUCUGGUUUAAUACCACCAUUACUCAUAGAUAAUAAUAAACAUGUUAUAGUAGAAUUUAGUUCACCAAACAUUGCUAAACCUUUUCAUUUUGGACACUUACGUUCUACAAUUAUAGGAAAUUGUAUUGCUAACAUAAAUGACUUCUUGCACAAUAAAGUUAAAAAAAUAAAUUACUUGGGAGAUUGGGGUACACAAUUUGGUUUGGUUCAAUUGGGAAUAGAAUUAGCAAAUAUUGAUGAUAUUCAAAUACAAAAAGAUCCUCUCAAGGCUUUAUUAAAAGCAUAUGUUACUGCUAAUGAAUUAGCUUCUUCUGAUCCAACGAUAAGCGAGCGUGCUAGAGAUAUAUUUACACAGUUGGAACUUGGUGAAAAUACUUAUUAUAAAAAAUGGCAAACGUUUAAACAUUACACUGUCCAGGAGUUGGAAAAAACUUAUAAAAGAAUCAAUGUUUCUUUUGAUGAGUAUCAUUGGGAGUCUAUGUAUAGUGCUAUAAAUAUAAAACACAUUAUUAGUUUGAUGGAGGAAUUACAAUUGUUAGAAUUGGAUCAUGAGGAUAGAAAGGUGAUACCUAUAACUGAAUCAAGAAAUAUUCCAAUUCUUAAGAGUGAUGGUUCAACCUUAUAUAUGACUAGAGAUAUUGCUGCUGCUAUUGACAGAUUUGAAAAAUAUAAAUUCGAUGCCAUGUACUAUGUGGUGGAUACUGCUCAAAACGAUCACUUUUUAAGUUUAAUAACAAUUUUAAAUAAAUUGAAACUACCUUGGGCAAAUAAAUUAAAACAUGUUAAGUUUGGUAGAGUUAUUGGAAUGAGUACAAGGAAAGGUACAUCAGUACUUUUAAAUGAUAUUUUAGAUGAAGCAAAGACAAUUAUGAGAAACAGACAAUUGAAUAAUACUACAACUAAAGUUGUUUUAGAUGAAUCUGAUAACACUUCUGAUAUUUUGGGCAUUUCUAGUGUUAUUAUUCAUGACUUAAAACGAAGAAGAACAAACGAUUAUAAAUUCAAUUGGGACUUAAUAUUAGAUAUGAAAGGCGAUUGCGGAGCAAAAUUGCAAUACACUCAUUGUCGUUUAACUAAUUUGGAAUACAACAGUGGUGCUACUUUAGUGGCAGAAUGCAAUCCAAGCCUUCUAAAGGAAACAGAAGUUGAUAAUUUAAUAAUAUUAAUCAGUAAAUUUGACGAAGUAAUUCUUAAAUCUUAUGAACAAUUAGAACCAUGUAUACUAACGGUAUACCUUUUUCAUUUAUGUUUUCUUACAGUCAUGCUGUCGACAAAGCAUUCAAAACAUUAAGGAUUAAAAAUCAACCACCAGAUUUAGGAAAUCAAAGACUAUUGCUGUUUCAUACGGCAAAAAUUAUUCUCGCAGAGGGUAUGAAAUUACUUGGUUUAACACCUUUGAAGAAAAUGUAAGAAAAUAUUCCAUUGGCCUUUCGAUUAAAAAAUGUAUAGUUUAAACAAAUAUUCUGUAGGAUUAAAUAUAUAGUUGACCUUAAUGAUAAAUUAUAAUAUUCCAUAUUUAUGUAAUGUUUAUUACUUUUUAGAAAUAAUAAAUCAUAAUUAUCGUAA